UAUUUUUGUUCCUACCGGGCUUCUGUAAACAGUGGAGCUGUUUGACUAUUGAGCAGGUGCUUCUUGUGGGGAUGUGAAGCGAGUUUACUGCUAGGCUUGCGCUUCUCCUCUCGGAUAUUUGGCCACCGGAGUGAAGAGGAGCUGAAGCACACGAGCGAUUGUAGGCCAGAAGAUUUGAGCCAUCUACUCUUUACAAGAAUGGCAUCAGCUGUUGUAAGCAUGGUUCCUACUACUGCUUCCCGUUUUGCACUGUUACAAGUAGACAGUAGUAGUGACUCUGACUCUGAGAAGGCCAGAGGAGCUCAUUCAUCAGGGAAAGCCCAUUCUGGGUCAGCUGCAAGGGGGAAGAACAAAGGUAACGAGAAAAAGAAAGAAAAGCGGAGGAAAAAGAAAGAGCAGCAGCAAAGCGAGGCAAAUGAGCUGAGAAACCUUGCAUUUAAAAAGAUUCCUCCAAAGGCCUCUCCUGGUGUAGCAGUGCAAGAGCAUUUAACACAUACUGUACCAAAGGUUGCUCAGGAAGAGGACUGGCAGCAAUGGCAACAAAGAGAUGUGCAGCUGACAUCGGAUAUGUAUGAAGCAGAUCUUGAGAAGGCCUUAAUCUUAAGUAAACUAGAAUUUGAGGAGUCAAAGGAUAAUGGUAAUGGAGAUAAUGGCGUACCUCAAUCAAAAAAAGUGAAUAAAAAAGAUAAAAGAAAAAAUAACCAAGGAAAGGACAAGCCCCUGACCGUGCCACUGAAAGACUUUCAGUUAGAAGAUAAACACGCAAAAAAACAAGAGGAGUUAAAAUCACCACCUUUGCCUCAAGACAGUGGCUUUUUCAAUAAACUAGAAGAAGAUGUUACCAAAAUAAUCCUAAAGGAAAAAAGAAAGGAACAUAGCACUGAUGUAACUGAACAAUUUGCCACUCCUGAGUACAGCAUGGAACCAGUUCUUAAAGAUGGUAGAACAGAAGUGUUAAAGCAGGAAAUAGAAAAGAAAGAAGUAGAGUUAAAACAGAUGAAAAGCAUCAUUUCUCAGUGGGAGGCAAAGUACAGAGAAGUAAAAGCCAGGAAUUCCCAACUUCUGAAAAUGCUACAAGAAGGAGAAAUGAAAGACAAGGCAGAAAUAUUGCUUCAGGUGGAUGAAUUGCUGUCUAUAAAAAAUGAAUUAACGUUGCAGGUAACUACACUUCAUGCUGCAUUAGAACAAGAACGAUCUAAAGUGAAGAUUUUGCAGGCAGAACAAGUGAAAUAUCAGGGUGGGAAAAAAAGUAAAAGGACCGCAGAAUUAGAACAUGGACGGUGAUCGUACAUUUGCCAGCUCGCAGCACAGUGGAUGGAACAUUUUAUAUAAACACUAACUUUUCUGCAGUGAUAAAAUACUGCUGUUUGAAAGUCAUACUUUAUUAGUUUUUCAUUAAUAAAACCUGUUAUUCCA